GAAAUCCGCGAGCUCCGCCUGUCAGGCAAUGUUUUCAUAACUAUCCUGCCACUUUCGCAACGGUUGUCGACGAGCAGUGAGACAAAGGAUCACCUGACAGACCAUACUCAGGAAAUAUAUACGCACAAAGAUAACCGUGUAUUGAUUGAAUCUGUUACAAGAUCAAUGCAGUCGCUGGUGUGCUGCUGAGCAAGUAUUAGCUGUCUUCAUUCAGGAAAGUACUUGUGGUCUGUCAAACGUAAGCAUCAUGCUGGCACAGCAGGCGGAUCGGGUCAUGGCACUCGGAGAAUGGGAGGAGCGCUGGCAGGAGGACAGAAUUGGUUUCCAUCAGCCUCAUGUACACAAGAUGCUGGAGAGCCACAUUGAUAAAGUUCUUGCAGGACGAACUGGAGUUCGCUUCUUCUUCCCUCUCUGUGGGAAAGCUGUAGAUAUGAAGUGGCUAGCAGACAUGGGCCACUCAGUGGUUGGGGUGGAGAUAUCUGAAAAGGCUAUAAAACAGUUCUUUGAGGACAACAAUAUGACCUACAGUGAGGAGCCUGUCCCUGCCCUACCUGGAGCAAAGGUUUUCAAGGGCUCAGAGAGAAAUAUCUCCCUGUAUCAAUCUGACCUGUACAACUUCUCCAGCACCAUUGGGGGUCAUUUCGGGGCCAUUUGGGACAGGGGAUCUCUAGUGGCCAUCAACCCAAGAGACAGAGAAAAGUAUGCUGCACUCAUCAUUUCUCUUAUGGCCAAAGACUGCAGAUACCUUUUGGAUACUAUGUUGUACAAUCCUGAAUUGUACGAAGGUCCUCCCUUUUUGGUGCCUGACGACCAAGUGAACAGCCUGUUUGGGAAAAGCUGUGACGUGGAACUGCUGGAGUCUUUUGAUUCUCUGACAGACAGACAGCGAGGCUGGGGGCUGGACUAUCUAGAUGAACGUCUACAUCUUAUCACUCCAAAGAGCAUUUAAACACUCACGUGCAAGUUUAGAGAGCUUAGAAAAGCAGAUCUUAGGCAUUUAAAUGCAAAAACUGUUAUUUUUUGUAAUGCUUACACAUCUUUUUAAUAGUAACAUGCAAUGUUGGUGGGGGAACAAAGCUGCAAAGAAAUAUAAUGUCAAGAGAAUAUUUUGAAUCCCUGAUUAAAUAAAACGUAUGUUAUGACUA